AUGCAUCCGAUAGAGCCUUGUCCGCGUGCGCAUUUCUGGCCCUUUGGUAUCUUCUCCAUCACUUGGACAGGAGCCUGGACAUCCACUAUCGACAAUUCUACGCAUCGCGCGUCAGAGACCCAAUGUGGGUCCAGUCGAAGCACCAUAACACAACUCUCAAGCUCUCCCAAGACAUCAACAUCUCCCCAGAAUCUGGGGGGGUGCAUGGGUGGCGUUGAGAUAAAACACACCACGUGGGAAACGUCGGGACCAAUCAUGGAGGCAGGCUACACAGCACCUCAACCUCCAGAGCCAUGGAGAGGAGCUUCCACCGGAGACACCAGAGCACACCGCUUUGGCAACAUCGGGACUAACGAUGCCACAGAACACUUCAACAUCCAGAACCAGAUCCAAAACCAGAAUAUCAGGCGGCCUCCGAGGGCACGAUUCUUCCGAGAGAAACAUCUAGGAGAGUUGGUAAAACGUGCGAAGACUGAAACUGAACAAGAGAAUACCUGCGAGAACUAG